UACAGCGAAAAUUUCUUCAUCUCAUAAACCCUAAUCUGAUCUGAGGCAGCCGAACUCCCAAAGUCCCCAUCUCUCAACGACGCCGCCCAAGUCCCCAUCUCAUAAACGGCAGCCAAACUCCUAAGUCCUCCCUACCCGCGACGACGCCCUCCUCCCGCUCCGACGACGCCCUCCCUACCCGCGACGACGUGCUCUCCAACGACCUGUGCUCCUCCCUCUUCGACGCCCUCCUCCCCGCGACGACACCCUCCUCCCCGCGCCCUCCUCGAAAGCCAACGACCUCCUCCCUCCCCGCGGCAACGCCCACUUCCCUCGAUCUCUGUAGAUCUUGGAGAUUUGUGCCGUGAUUCUCUGCUUUUUCUCACUCGAAAGCCUGGGUUCUGCCAUUUAUAAAAAGUAAUUGAUGGAAGCAUCAACAACAGCAAUUACCUCAUUCUCCAAGAAGAGAAAGCUAAAGCAUGGAAGAGGCAAGGGAAAGAAAAAACCCGACAAGAACUUCAAACCCGUUGCAAAAACAAAAAACCCUAGCCAAAAGAUGAAGAAGCUCUUCAAGAAACGAGCCAAAGCCUACAACUCCGAUGAAUCCGAAGAAGAAUAUGAGCAAGAGGAAGAAAUUGCCGAUGAACAAUCCAGUGAUGAAGAAGAAGAGGAGAGGGAUUUCGAUGCCUCCGACGAAGAGGACGAUGGCUCUCGUCUGGGCAUUACUAAGUUCUCUGAAGGUUGCAGGGCUUUUCGAACGGCUUUCCUCAAGAUUAUGAAGAAGCAUCUCCCCAAUGAUUCGUUGGGCCCAGUCUUAUCUGCACACAAGAAGCUUAUUGCUGAGAAGCUACUGGAAGAGGAAACUGAGUAUAAGUCAAAGGGAGAGGCGAAGAAGGAAAAGCAUUUGGCAGGAGAGAAGGGUCACGUAAAACCAGCAAGUUUCCUAGACACGAAGGAAAAACUUCUAAUUAGCAUUGCUACAAAAGGAGUGGUUAAGUUGUUCAAUGCGGUCAAUAAGGCACAAAAUCCACAGAAAGACUUGAAUCCCUCAAGGUUUAAAGAUGCCAAAGAAUUGGCAAAACGGAGGAAACAGACAUUUUUGUCGGAAAUCAGUAAGUCAGCAACAGAGAAAUCAGAUCAUGGAUUUUCCUUCUACUCUUCGAAGGUUACUAAAUCUGCAAGUAAAGAAAACGAUGAUGAACCUGGAUGGGCUCCUUUAUGUGAUAGCUACAUCCUUAACAAUUCAAAGUUGAAGGACUGGGAUAAAAUACCAGUAAGCGUCAAAAUGGAGCCUGCUGCAGUAGAUGAUCGAGGAACAAUAUCCUCGGACAGUUCUUCUGAUGAGGAUUGAUAAUUUGACGAUUAAAAAACUUUUGAGAUGCAGUUUGAUGCAAUGCGUCUGAAGCAUCUUUCUUAAGCUGCUGAAGCUUAGAAUAGAGAGCAGCACCUAACAUUACAAAUGAUUAUAUCUGUAGUCUGGAGGCCUUCCAACAUGAUACCGAUUCUGAGCUUAUGUAGUCUAGCUCUUGGCACUUUCGAUGUUUUUCAUUUUCUUUAUGUUUUUUGAUGUAACUUGAUCGCAUUACCGGAUUGUUGCCUACUGAGUAUUGCAAAAUCAAAUAGGUAGAAGACAUUGUGAUGAUGCUUUCCAUUUUGAAUAUCAUUUGCUUCUUUGAACUGUGCCUUUAAAGGAACAGGAAAAGAGGAAGAGUUUCUUCCU